CCGCAGACAAACGGAAGAUCGAAGGGAUUCUAGAGGAACUUUCCCUUUGACUUCCUUUCCAAUGACCCCCUCCGUUCAGUUUAAAUGCCCCCUCCAUGACCUCACUCUGAACUGGUGGCGGUUUUCCCAUUCUUUUCGACCUAUCAACAACCCUACGCUCCCCAAAAUCAUUGAGGUGCUACGAGCCACUCAUUGUUCCCAUUCUCUUCUUAGUUGCUUUUGCCAGCUCAGUCUGCAUGCACAACCCGCCCCUUCCUUACUGGUAGGCAGGCAGCAGUUCCCUUUCACUGAGCCGUGGUGAAUGAAACAUUUGCUACCGCUUUCUUCCUGUGGGGAGGUUGGUCGUGCUACCUACCUACUAAAGAACUGAUCCCCCCUCUCAACCUCCAUCCACUCUACGACGUAUUCUUCCUCAACCAUCUUCAACCCCACUCAUACCUUCCAAAAUCCUUCUAGAACCUAUCCUUAUUUCUAUUCUUCGUUGGUGACACGUACCAAUCAUGUCUGCCCCUAGAGGUGGUCCCUCGCGGGGACGUGGUCGCGGAGGCGACCGCGGCAGAGGUGGUGAUGCACCCGGUGGUCGCGGCGGUCGUGGUGGACGCGGCGGUCGCGGGGGCAGCGCCGGCCCAACAACAGAUGUGCCCUUCCGUCCUAGGGGCGAUUUCAGGGGCGAUUCCAGAGGCCGUGGUCGCGGUCAGGGCUCUCGAGGCGGCGGCGGCGGUGGAUACCGUGGAGAAGGCGCUGACAAGGGUUCCAGUAUUUACACUCCCCGGCAUCCCGUGCCUGUGAAUGCACAGGUUGAAAAGACUGAGAAUGCUGUUGCCGCUGCUCUGAAGGGCAAGAAAAGUGAACCAACCAGUUACCCUGAGCGACCGGGAUACGGCACGCGCGGUCGGCCCAUCGUGGUCUAUGCCAAUUAUUUCGAGCUUAAGUCGAUUGGCUCGGAGCUGUUCAGAUAUCAUGUCGACAUCGCAGGUGACUCGUCUGGCAGAAAGCCAACCGGCAAGAAGGCUCGCCAGAUAGUCAACUUGUUGAUCGAAGAGCACUUCGGACAGUCGAAAAGCAACAUCGUCACUGACUAUAAGUCAACUCUGAUUGCGAAAUCGAACCUAUUGGAGAACGGCCAGGCGCAGUACGAUGUGCGUUAUCGGGAUGAACAUGACGACGAGUACCCCGAAGAUCCAAAGGUUUACCGCGUCACCACUCAGUUCACCGGCAGGCUCAACCCCUCCGAUCUGCUGGCGUAUCUGACCUCAACCAACCCUGCCGCGGCUUUUGGUGCCAAGCCUGAUACACUGCAGGCUAUGAACAUUGUUUUGGGGCACGAGCCUAAGACUAACCCAAAGGUCGCGUCGGUUGGUGCCAACAAGCAUUAUGGAAUCAGCGAAGAUCUGAAAGAGGAGUGGGACCUCAGCGCCGGGCUCGUGGCUCUACGAGGUUAUUUCGUCAGUGUACGGGCAGCCACCGCUCGUCUUCUGGUGAAUGUUCAGGUCAAGUACGUGGCCUGCUAUCAGCAAGGUUCAUUGAAAGACGUGAUCAACAAGUUUGCUGCGCGUGACAUGCACAGUCUCGGGCGCUUCCUCAAACGGCUCAGGAUUAGAGUGACCCAUAUCCGAAAGAAGAAUAAGAAGGGCGAGGAAGUGCCUAGAUACAAGACAAUUGCUAAUCUGGCAACUACGGCUGACGGUGCCUCCUUGACCAAGCCCCCCAAGGUGUCCAAGCACGGCGCAGGCCCAGCAAACGUUCUGUUUUUCCUGGAUGCUCCGGGCCAGCCAUCCUCGCAGCAGAGCAGCUCGGAAACUCCAAAGGCCAAGGGCAAAGGUGGUAAGAAGCCUGCUAAAGCAGGCCCGCCGCCCCCUGGUCGAUAUAUAAGCGUGGCCGAGUUCUUUAAGCAGCAGUACGGUAUCGAAACGGAUCCUAACAUGCCGGUUGUGAACGUAGGCACGACAGAGAAUCCCAGUUACUUGCCAGUCGAGGCGUGUGAAGUCGAGCCCGGUCAGCCUGCUAAAUCGAAGCUGACUCCGAAUCAAACCCGAAACAUGUUGACCUUUGCUGUCCGCUCUCCGGCACUCAAUGCGGGAUCGAUAUCCAGCCGGGGCAAUGAGUUGCUUGGUCUCUCUCCGCUGUGCUCCACUCUGACGACCUUUGGAAUUGAAACGAACCCUGAGUUGAUUCAAGUUCCCGCUCGAGUUCUUCCACCCCCCAAUGUUAUGUACAAGGACUUCAAAAGCGCCCAGAAGCUUAUUACUAUCAAGCCUUCGUUCGGUAGCUGGAACAUGAAGUCCAUCAGAUUCUCGACGCCCGGCCAUUUGGCUUCCUGGUCAUAUGUCUAUUUCACCACCUCAGGUGGCAGGCAGGCUUUUCAGAACCCGGAUGAUUUGAUGGGCCGUCUGCGGGAAUUCGCCUCCAAGCUAAACGAGAUGGGUGUCCCUGCUGGCGCCCCUAUUCCUGGGAAGCGGGUGGUUCUCAACCGUAGCCGAUCCCUCGAAGACACAGUUAACGAGUCGAUUUCUGAACUCAUGGCCGGCACUCAGAAGCCUCAGUUGAUCUUGACCAUUUUGCCAUUCUCGGACAGCAACUUAUACAAUGCAGUCAAGAAGGCCUGUGACAUCCAUUACGGCGUACGUAAUGUCAACAUCCUCGCCGAUAAACUCCGCGGUGCCAACGAUCAGUACCACGCCAAUGUCGGUCUCAAGGUCAACCUUAAACUCGGUGGCAUUAACCAAUCCUUGAACCCGUCUGAGCUAGGUAUCAUCAGCCAAGGGAAGACGAUGCUCGUCGGAAUUGACGUCACCCAUCCCUCUCCGGGAUCCUCAAGCCUUGCGCCUAGUGUCGCAGGCAUGGUCGCCUCUGUCGAUUCUUCCCUCGGACAGUGGCCCGCCGAGCUCUGCAUCCAGCGAUCCCGUCAAGAAAUGGUCGAAGACCUAGAUACCAUGUUGAAGAAGCAUCUUCAGCGCUGGGCCCGAGGCCAUAAGAAUGCUCUCCCGGAAAACAUCAUCGUGUACCGUGAUGGCGUGUCAGAAGGCCAAUACGACACGGUCAUUGAGAGGGAGCUGCCCCUUUUGCGCAAAGCCUGCAAGGAGACCUACCCAGCUUCCGACACCGCAAAGGGUCUUCCUCGGAUUUCGAUCCUUAUUGUCGGCAAGCGCCAUCACACUCGGUUCUAUCCGACUGAUGCCAAAGAUGCAGACCGCUCGUUUAACACCCCCAAUGGCACCAUCGUCGACCGCGGUGUCACCGAGGCCCGGAACUGGGACUUCUUUUUGCAGGCACACACGGCCCUUAAGGGAACUGCUCGCCCUGCUCACUAUUUCACCGUAUGGGACGAGAUCUUCUUCCGUCAGAAGCCGGGCCCUCCCCACCAGAAUGCCGCAGAUGUGCUCGAGGCUCUUACGCACCACAUGUGCUAUCUUUUCGGCCGCGCUACCAAAGCAGUCAGUAUUUGCCCGCCCGCAUACUACGCCGAUCUCGUUUGCACUAGGGCCCGGUGCUACCUGAGCCAAGUCUUCGAGCAGACGCCCACGGGCAGUAUGGUCACGGGAAGCGGACCGGUGAAUAUCGAUAGCUCGAGUGUGAGCAUUCAUCCCAAUGUGCGAGACACCAUGUUUUACAUUUAGAAGGGACCAGAAUCCAGCUGUGAGACGUUUGGCUACGAAAUAACGCCUUGCUUCAUUGAUACGCCGAGUUCCCAUGUCCUUGAUCCAUCGUCAUCCUUUGUUUUAUUUUUCCUUUUUCUUGCAAUCCCUUAAGCCUUAUCUCAUCUCACAUUUCCCAAUUCCCAUCCUUAUCAGCAUCAUUACCAUAUCAACGUACCCCAAAUUGGAAACAUACACCUGAUUGAUUGGUUUGGACGCAUUGGAGGUACCAUGCAUGCCAUGGCAUCAUUUGGAUGGAGGAGCAAAAUCUGCGUAUGUACAUAUCUACAUGCAAGAAUGCUCUGGGUCUUCAACCGACGAGGUUUUAAAUUUUGGAGAUGGAUGUCUAUUACUAUUGUUUCUGUUCGUUUUGUUUAUCAAUUCCACAAAUUGGCAUGUCUUUGUCUAUACCUAGGUAGUUCAUUGUUAUUCUUU